AACCGGCCAAAUGCAGCUCUGUUCCUGUUGAUUUCUCAUCCACCAAAGUGGUUCCGGUGCCACUAAUUUUUCAUCUGAUUUUUCAAUCCCCGCUGCUAUCAUUUGUUUUAAAAAAUUCGAACAUACGAUAACAAACGUACAUAUUCCUCCAUCUAUUAGGCCCAUUCUAGGUUUGAUGCUUACACCAUGGAUCCUGAUGAAGCUAGUGAGUCAGAUAUUGGUACAAAGUCCCCAAUAGAAGGGAAAAGCGCUUCAGACGAAAAUUGUAGCAAUCCAGAUGAAGGUAGUGACAGUGCGAAAGAAUCUACCAGUCAGGCUGCCCACAUGGAUCCCAAAAACCUACACUAUGAAGGUGAAGUGUGUGUCUAUACCGAUCCUGAUACCAAGUACCAGUACCAGUGGGACAAUGGCACCCAACAGUGGACUCCAAGGGGACAGCAACUCAAGACAGCGGAUGCCAGUAAAGAUAUGAAGCCACCUGGAGAUCAGAAUUAUGAGUUUGAUGGAGAGACAUACACCUACACAGAUUCUACAUCAGGUUUAAAGUACAAAUGGGAUAAGGAUAAAAAUGAAUGGGUAACAAAACCAAACAGCUCAAAUAUGGAAAAACCUAAGGGCCGUAAAAAACUUCCAGAUGAGGAAAAUGUUGAAGAAAAUGAUACAGAUGAAGAAGAGGAUAAUGUGAAAAAUGUACCUAGGCAAGAUAUGUCCAGUGGACAUUACGGUUUUGAUGGUGAAAAUCAUACAUAUACUGACCCCAAGGAUGGUGCUAUCUAUUUCUGGGACAAGCAAAAAAAUGCUUGGUUUCCAAAGGUAGAUGAUGAUUUUAUGGCUCGAUAUCAAAUGAGUUAUGGUUUUGUGGAAAAUAAAUCUGAUGUUGACAAGGAUAAUGAAAAAGACGCAGUUCUUAAACCGGACCCAGCUGAGGCUAAGCGUAAAGCUCAAGAGCCACCUCAAUGGUUUGAUCUUGAUGAACGCAGUAACACCAAAGUUUAUGUUAGUAACUUGCCUCUAGACAUUACAGAACAAGAAUUUGUUGAUUUGAUGCAAAAGUGUGGCCUUAUUAUGAAAGAUGCUGAUACAAAUAAAAUGAAGGUAAAAUUAUAUCAUGAACCAGGUGAUCCAUCAGUUUUAAAGGGAGAUGGUCUGUGCACCUACAUCAAGAGAGAAUCUGUGGAUUUAGCUUUAAAUAUUCUUGAUGGAUAUGAAGUGAAAGGGAAACAGAUAAAAGUAGAAUUAGCAAAGUUUGAAUUAAAAGGAGCCUACAAUCCAAGCCUGAAACCUAAGAAAAAACGAAGGAAGGACAAAGAAAAAAUUAAGAAAGCUCAAGAAAAAUUGUUUGAUUGGAGGCCAGACAAAUUAAGAGGAGAACGUUCAAAACAUGAGAAAACUGUCAUCAUCAAAAAUUUAUUUGACCCUGAAAUUUUUGAUACUGAUGUAGGUUUGAUUCUAGAGUUUCAGCAAGAUUUAAGAGAGGAAGCAUCCAAAUGUGGAAAUGUGCGCAAAGUAAUUGUCUAUGAUAGACACAAGGAUGGUGUUGCUCAGAUCAAUUUUAAGGAUCCUGAGGAAGCAGAUGCUUGUGUGCAACUUUUCAAUAAUCGUUGGUUUAAUCAAAGGAGAAUCACAGCUGAAACAUGGGAUGGGAAGACAAAGUAUAGGGUGGCUGAAAGUGCAGAGGAAACUGAAGCCCGUCUUGCUAAAUGGACUAAGUUCUUGGAAUCUGAAGAAGGGAAAAAGUCUCUUGGUGCAAGUAAUCAUCCAAAUGAUGAUCAAGAUUCAGAUGAAGAUGAAGAUCAACAAGAGCAGUCUUCCCAGAAGGAAUCUAAAUCAGAUGAAGCAAAUAUUUCUGGCAAUAAAACUCCACUACAAUCAUGACUCUUCCUUAGGGUCUGAUCAUUCCUACUUAUUGUUUUUCAUUUUGUAUGUUAUAAUUUUUUUAAAAAUGAAAUAUACACCAUGAAGUUUUGCUUUUGA